GCAUAGGGUACCACUUCUCCUCUGCUUUUUCUUGCUUUAAUUCAUAAUUAAGAUGGAGUGAGUGAUGAAUGUUUAUUCUCAGAGAAGCCUUCACCUGCUCGAGAGAAGAAGAUAAGUGAGCUGCUGCUUCUGCCGCUGCGUCAAGGACGUCAAGUCGACGCCGUUGGAUCCGCGCAACGUGUACCAGCAGUUCCAGCUUGUUCCAUACGAGUCCGCUUGCCUCUCCGACGGCUACUUCGUGGCGAAGUCGGUUGCGUCGGAUGGUUUCCCUCCCUACUUCCUGCGGCGGAAGGGCUGGACGGUCUACACCAAGACUCCCCACACUUUCAAGCUGGACACGGCACGGGGCCUCGAUCCCGGCCUCCGUGCUCGUCUGCCGGAGUUGGAUUCAUCGAGAGUGGUGGGGAAAUGGUACACUCCCUUCGUUUUUGUCAAGGAUGGAUCCUUGAGAGAUCAAGUGAAACGAUCCAUGUAUUAUGAAGUUACAUUGGAGCAGAGAUGGGAGCAGGUUUUCAAGAUUGGUCGUGAUCAUAAUAAUGGGAAUUCGGUGGUGGUUGAUGUUGCAGUUGAAAGGGAGGAGGUGUUUGUUGGUGGGAGUAAAGCUACGUGGAGCGCGGCCGACGGAGUGGUGUGGUUUAAGGUUGAAGACGGAGGAGGAGUGGGGUUGAGAGUGGAGCUGGUGGAGAGGAUCAAAUGGGAGGAAGAGAGGGGAGGGUGGGUGGGAGGGGAGGAGAGGCAAGUGAAGAUUCAUAAGGUGGAGAAAUGGGAAGGAGGUGGUGAUUGGAAUGAGUUUAGAUGCUCUGUUUUGGUGGAGACCUUCAAUUUGAGGAGAAUGGAUGGGACUUUGGUGAUGUCUUAUAAUUUUAAGCACUUUAACCAGUUGAAGACUAAGUGGGAAUAGAAUAGAUUAUCACUUCUUAAGUAAUUACUACUUAGUGAUGGUUUUAAGAGUUUGUCUAUAUGCUUAUUUGUGUUGUGAGUUGUAUUUGAUUCAGUGGUAUGAGAAGACUGAUGUUGUGUAUUCGGGAUUGGAGAAUUAAAUUUACUUGGACUA